AUGAUUCAAUCAUAUUCCAAUUUGACUCAUUGCAGAAUUGAUGUGAUUUCAUCGAGUCAGAUCCAAAUAUGUAAAGACGAUGGUACUCUAGAAUCUAAAAAAGAUAAUCAAUAUUUAAAAUGUCAAAAAAUGUUUGUUGUCUCUUUGACUAUAGAUAGUAAUCAAGACCAUACAGAAUUAUCUCAAUUCACAGUAAACGAUGUUAAAAAUGAGAAUGGUGAUACAUUUUCAUUGGUCUAUCCAGUGGAGAUAUCGUUUUCAAAAUCUAAACAAUACGGUAAAUCAUCUCUGAUCUAUAGAAAGUCGUAUUCUGAGGAGAAAUACGAGAAUGUACAUUACACCAAUGACUACUUGCUUUUCAGUAGUUGUAAAGAUAGUCCGUCCGAUCAUACAUGUCCGACCGUUAGAGACGCCUCUGGUAAUCAGGUGCCAUAUAGUCAAGGAUUCUGCUGUAGCUGUGACCUAGGUAGCUAUGUCGGUAUCGACCGUGACAGUCGCUCGCAUCUCUCUUGUACUCUCUUUGGCGGUCGGUCAUCAUCGGCAUCGUGUAUGGCUCAGCGACCUCUCCUCUACGAUUCCUACUCGAUCGAACCACCCGUAACCACCUACGAUAUCGUUGUCAACAUCACACAGUUUAACGUGACCACCGGUGCUAGCCAGACUCAGACUUACCGGCUAGGCAAUGACAACCUAAUUCUCAAUGCCAAUGGUAUCGUUAUCAAGUUGGUCGGUGAUUUUGCAUCGCCACAAGCACUGAGAACCUUUGAAGACAGCAUGUUGUUUGUGAACAACGAACAAUCGGAUCCGAACAACCCAAUACACAAGCUGCCUUUCGAAAUGAGAGCUAUGAUCUUCUCAAAGUCAGACGUCGGUUCUCCCAAUGAAUGUAAUAAGAUCGCAACGGAUUAUGUAGCUUUUCAGAAUCAACCGAAUCAAUGUAGCGCUCCUUUGAAUUCAUGUUUAGACAACCAAAUAAAGAAGUUCAGAGAUCAGGAUAUGGCUUUGUACGCCAAGGGCAAAAAAGGUCAAUAUCUAAUCAAGAACUAUGGUGCCACUGCUGAAAUCUACAAGAAUACCGGAAAUAACAAUCUGUUUCUUCAGGUCGAGCUCAGUGGCAAACAGACAUCAUUGGUCACCAUAAAGAUCAAAGCCGACAACUUUGCAUUUGUCUAUAAAGAAAGUCCAGGUGUCAUUGUUUCGAAUCGUCUCGAAACAUUCGAAUCAAUGUCAUCCGAUGGCAAUCUCUAUAUUCAAACAAAGAAUAUCGGGGCGACCAACACCCAGUAUGUUCUCAAUGUUUUGAACUGUACGGAGGCAAUCACAGUCAACAAUCCUAGUCAAGUGUUCACCAUGAAACCAAAUGAAAUCGUUGAAACCAAAUUCGAAAUUAGAACGGUAACUAAAUUUGGUGGUAAUCAGCAUUGCUAUGCCGAUCUAAAGGGUUUUGCUAUGGGAACAUUGUUUGACUCGAUUCUUAUUAAAUUCAAUACAACCGACACUGUCAUUAAGGUACCUGGUUACAAUGAAACUGGAUCUGGAGAUACACCAAACCCUGCUGUACCUGAAUUAUCUUGUCAAAAUUACUGUACUUUAAUGUAUUUGGAACAUUGUGAUUAUAGUUGGAAUGAUCGUGAUAAGAAUAAGAAAAGAAAAUCGAAAAAGAACAAAAAGAAAACCAAAGUUGAGAUAUACUCGGACAGUGAUGGACAUGAAGAAGAUGAUGAAUAUGAUAUAUUUGUAUCAAGCAGCGAUAUUGACAACAUUAUUCGUUCUCAAAGGUUGGUCUUUUUUAAUAUAUCUCUUGAUGAAACAAAAAUGGAUUUAUUUAAUUUCAAAACUGGUCAAUCUAAAAAUAAGAUAUCUCUCUUAGGAUGUUUGAUGAGAUCGGAUAAAUCAGCAAAACAAUUAAUAUUCAUGAUAAAACCACCUUAUCAAUCACUCUUUAAUGAUAAAGAUUCAAAGGUAAAACAAAUUAAACCACCAAUCAAACUAUAUCCAGAGGUAGUUACUUUUAAACUCUCAAAAAAGAAUAUAAAAAAUGACCUAACAUAUCAACCAUUGCAAAAGCAUCUAUGGUUAAAUAAAAGAUUAAAUUAA